AUGCGUCCUAUUUGGGACGACCUGUGGGACGACCUGUGGCAGCGAUCGAUGCCGUCGCCGGACGCGGCGGCGAGGCACACGGGCGCCGGCGUGGCGCGUCGGCAGGCCCACCACGAGCGGAUGCGCGACGAGCGCGCUCGGGAAGCGGCCGCGGGCGACGCGGAGCUUCCGCCGGAGGCCGACGCGGGCGAGAUGGCGAGUGCCGCCCCCAGCUGCUGGACAGCGUGGCGGAGGUGGGCCCGAACUACACCCUUGCUGCGCAGCAAGGAGACGAAGGCGAUGCGCCGGAAGCGAAAGCGCGAGGAUGCCAGGGCGGCGCUCGACGGCCACACUGUCCUGUCCACCGGAUCGCGCCUCGAGAUCUUCUGCGACAGUGAGCGGUGGUACCCUGCGACCGUCAUGGCGCGGGAGGAGGACGGGGACGGACGGAUCGUGCACGAGGUCGAGUACGACGGCUACCCGGAUCGGCGGUGGUGGCACAUGCUGGACGACGAGCGCGCGCUGGCGGACGCCCUCGAGGCGGAGGAUGACGAGCGGCAGGAGGAGGCCGCGCGCGGCGAUGGGCGGCCGAUGCUAGCGCCCCACGGACCGGCGCUGUCGGUGCAGCUUCGGCGCGUGCGCCUGCGGCUGCGCGAGUUCCUGGCGACGCAGGCCGCGGCGGGGAAGAGCGUGCCGAUGCAGCGGACGGCCCUCGGUCUGCACCCGACGAUGCGGUGGACGAUCCGCUUCGGCAAGUGGCUGGCGACGACGCGAAUCACCGCGCCGAGGGCGAGCCGGUGGCACGCGACCGAGCGGGGCGACGCGCGGGAGGAGGAGCCGACGGUGCGCAUAUCUUAG